ACAACUUAGUUCAACCUUUCGCGGAAACUGACGUGGACGUGUAACCAUGCGAGUAUCAAUUCUAACUUUACUACUAGUGUGUUGUUGUGUUCCAAUAUUAACACAUCAUGACCAAAGACUUAUAUCUUCAUUGGUCUACGACCCACGAAUAUGCAUCGUGAACGAAGACUUGAUCUACAACUAUCGGAGUUCGAUUUACAACUUCAGUAUUUCAUUGUUCAGACCCGUUGCUUUUCGAAGCAAUCUAAACUUCGUGUUCUCUCCAUUAUCGAUAUGGAUAAUGCUCGCGGCGAUCGCGGAGGGUGCUGAGCCUUUAACGCAGCAGAAACUGUUCCAACUUCUAAACCUGCCUAAUGACCCGUGCAUUCGACAGCUUUACUACCAACUAGCGACUACUCGUGCGUUCCCUACCAACGACGUGAAUAUUAAAAGCACAAGGGUCCUAUUAAUCAAUGAUGGUACCGUAUUAAACCCAAGUUGGCACGGCUUAGUAGUGAAGAAUUCUCUUCUAGAGGUAAUAACAGCGCCGAUGAGAUACAACCCGGUAGCAACAGCUAAUGAGAUUAAGAGAAUCAUGUCUGCGCGUCUCCCAAGACUGGAUCUGAGUGGAAACUCAGUUCUUUUAGACACUAUGGACUACAACGGCUUAUGGACUACAGCAUUCGGUGAUGCGGUCGUCGAACGAGCCCCAUUCUACGAUUUAGUAGGAAAACAAAUAGGAACAGUGGAUAUAAUGAAAGUUAAAAGACGAGCAAGGAUGGGUUAUGUUAAGAAACUAAACGCUAAGGUACUUGAAUUGCCUGUUGGUGCUGACGAACGUUAUCGAAUGUUGUUCAGCGUUGUUAUAGGGGGUGCUGACUUGAAGCCUAUUGUUACUGGUGUCACUAAGGAGCUUAUCUUUGAAUUGUUUGCUGGGCUGAGACACAGCUACGUACAGAUAGAUGUUGCGAUACCAAGAACGGUGAUAACUAGCGAGGUGGAUGUGAGGACUGUGUUAGAAGAUUUGGGAGUUCACGAGCUUUGGACUGAUCCGUCUGUUACUAGGUACAUAUCAAACCCACCAGCUCACCCGAGCAGCUUCGUGCAGCGAUCUACUGCAGUGCUCAACAACACUGGCCUGUACUUCGAACCUGCAGAAUACAGCCACCCCUCAGGCCUCCGCACUGGCUUAGAACCUAUUCUAGGAACAGACUUUGUGGCUGACCGGCCUUUCUUGUUUGGCUUGGUAGAUUCGGAGACCAAGUCAAUCCUUUUGGCGGCAGCGUUUUCUAGACCUACUUAUCCUCUUUGAGGUUUUGGUAAUAAAUGGUGAGGAUUAUU